CUUCUUCUUCUUCCCGCUGCAGCCAAAAAAAAAAAGAGGAACCCAGCCAGCCUUUGAGAAACCGGUGAGAGAGCUUGAUUUUAUCCUUCUUUUCUUGCCCAAGAACCUGAUUUGGAACCCAGAAAUCUCUUCCCCCUGCAGGAGCUUCCGGAUCCGCCUUGCUCUGCUUUGUCCUUCCGCCGGCUGCUCUUGAUUGUGGGUGAUUUCUGGGCAUAUUUUUCGGUAAGAACAGCCCCUAAUUCCUUUGUUCUUGCUUGAAGUGGCUUGGGUUUACUUUAAUUGCUCUUGUUCCUCCAAUUUUUGAGGUAGGCCGUGAGCUUCUUCUCCAAAUUGCCGUCGGCUUCUCUUCCCCCUGCAGCUCCGGUUUUAGCUGGAGAAUUAUGAGAAAAUCCCGUGAAUUAGCUAGUGGUUGGCCAUUGUUUGGAAGUCGGGGUACUGUUCACGUCGGGGUACUGUUCACCGACACUGUUCACACCCCGAGGGCCAACAUUUAACGGGAAUUUAAAUGAUUAGUUUGUGAUAUGAGAACGAAUUUGGAGAUGUCCGAUCAUGUGGAAAGUGAUAGAAAUAGCAUUGUGAUUAGGAAUGAUCCUAAUGAUGAUUUUAGCUUGAAUUUGUGAUAGUUCGAUAUUAAUUUUCGGAUGUUUUGAUUAGGUUCUUGAUCGUUCUGUCAGUUAGCAUUGAGAUUGAGUGCUCGGUUUUAUGCGAGUGAGGUAAGUAAAUUUAUGGUAAUGCCCAUACUGUUUUUAAAAGCAUGUUUUGAUUUGUUUUUAAAGUGGUGGCGGGACUAAACCCGUUUUACACGAACAUGACUGAUUUGAAGUGAAAUGUUUUAUGCUUUUCACUAAAUUGAGCAUGCCUACUUGAAAUUUAAGUGAUUGUCCUGAUGAUUUGAAAGUGAUUGUGAAUUGUGAUUUUCCUGUUAAUUUCUGCCUGUUUUGUCUCCGAUGUGGUCAUGUUAUUCGUGUGCCCGCUAGUGGGAGGUUUAUAAACGCUAGCACAUGUCGACAUGUUAGUGAUAGAGCCGGUUCGUUCAACCCUGCUUGUGGGGGUUAUACACCAGCAAAUCGUGUGCCCGCCAGUGGGAGGUUUAU